AUUGCAUCAAAAUAUAUUUUCUUAUCUUUAUCCUUCCUUUGCUCUCGCACUCUGUUUGUAUUUUCAACACUAUCCAUCUUCUAUCUCAUAAUAAAUAUAAAGCCAUCUGUUUGAACUCUAAAAUUCUGAAAACGUGUCACCAAAUGCUUAACAACACGUUGACCGUCGAGCUACUACGUGGCAUCCAACUGCUCAUACCAUCUUUGCAUGCCCACCUGGCAAUGUAACCCCAAAUCCUCUUCAAAAUCCCCUGAAAAUAGAACAUCAUCAGAUCAUCAAGAUCUUCCCAAAGUCAUCAAUCCUAUCUUUUAAGAAACUAUUUUAAAACUUAAAUUUUGUUUUAUGGCUGAAACUACGUCAGGGAGAGGGGGCCAUGGGGAGCAGAUACCGCCGGGAAAGGCCAUGACAACGGAGCAACACAUACUGGAUAAAGGUGCUCAGAUGUUGCAGUCUUUGAAACCCAUUAAGCAAAUGAAUCAACAUGUUUGCACUUUUGCACUCUACAACCAUGAUAUGAAUCGACAAAUUGAAACUCAUCAUUAUGUCACGCGUGUCAAUCAGGAUUUUCUACAAUCUGCUGUUUACGACUCUGAUCAUUCCACCGCACGCCUUAUCGGAGUGGAAUAUAUAGUAUCUGAUCGUAUCUUUGAAACCUUGCCUAAAGAAGAGCAGAAACUUUGGCACUCUCAUGCUUACGAGGUAAAAUCAGGACUGUGGGUGAAUCCUAGAGUUCCAGAGAUGGUAGUGAAAAAAGAUCUCGAGAAUUUUGCAAAAACCUAUGGCAAAUUCUGGUGCACAUGGCAAACAGAUAGAGGCGAUAAGCUACCAGUUGGGCCACCAUCACUGAUGAUGUCCCCACAAGCGGUGAAUUUGGGGAUGGUGAAGCCAGAGCUAAUCCAGAAGAGAGAUAACAAGUACAAUAUGUCGACUGAUGCCAUAAAGAGGACGAGGCUGGAGAUACCGGAGCCGGAGUGGAUUAAUCCCGAGGCAGAUUACUGGAAACAGCAUGGCAAGUGCUUUGAGAUUCACAUUGAGGAUGUGGAGAUGAAGAAGAUAGCUCCUUUCCCAUAGAUCAAGAGUGCAGACAUUAUAUAUAUAUUAGUCUCUUGUUUCCUUUUUUGCUGUUGUAAAAUAACAAUGUAUAUACUUUGAAGUGAUGCAUGAAGUUUCCUUCUUGUUGUUU